UGUUGCACGGAGGAUCGAUGCAUAUGAUGUCGGUGUCGGUGUUGUCUGUGUAGAAGCGAAGAAAAAGAGGCGCAGAGAGGGGAUUUGGGACAAUUACUGAGAGGUGGGACAUGGCCCAGGAGACCAACCAGAGCCAGGCUCCUCUGCUCUGCUCCACAGGCUGUGGUUUCUAUGGCAGCCCCAGGAGUAACGGCAUGUGUUCGGUCUGCUACAAGGACUUCCUCCAGAGACAGAACAGCAAUGGAUGUGUUAACUCUCCAGGUUCAUCUUCUGCUGACAGCAGCAGCAGCAGCAGCAUUGGGGAGUCUCUUCACUCCACACAGAGCUCUAACAGUACCACAGUCACUUCCCCGGUAGCCAUAUCCCCUUCACACACAGACUCCGGACACUGCAGUGGACCAACAACAGCCUCAACAACCUCAACAGAGGAGAGUAGCUCAGGAGCAAAGACCAGUCUGACAGCCGACUGUUUCCAAACAUCAGUGUCUGAAGUUUCAGUGGACUCACCUGCAGAGACAGAAGAGAAGCCUAAAGCCAAGAAGAACCGCUGCUUCGCCUGCCGCAAGAAAGUUGGUCUGACAGGCUUUGACUGCCGAUGUGGAAAUGUAUUCUGCAGCAUUCACCGAUAUUCAGACACACACAACUGCACCUUCGACUACAAAGCUGAUGCUGCAGAGAAGAUCAGGAAGGAAAACCCCAUCAUUGUUGGAGAGAAGAUCCAGAAGAUCUGAAUCCAAACAGAGCAACAACCCAACCCACAUUAAUCCUCUGAUAAUUAAAACAGCAUGCCUCAGAAACCUGUUGACUACUUUGUUUAAUUGUAGCUUGAUUCUUGUAUGGGUGUUUUUUUUAAAACUGAAUGUUUUGGUAUUUGAAUUCUUCAGUCGUUCAUAAAUAAAUAAAUCAAGCCCUGUGUGUGAUUAAAAAUGUUAAAGGAACAAAAAAAAUGGUGGGGCUUUUCAAAGGGCUGUGUUUUUUAUGCAUCAUCUAUAAGAAUGCAUGUAAACUCACCACUGAUCUUUAGUUUCCUCCUUUCUUUGUAUGUGGUGCCAUCUCAUAACCGAAUGUAUUGGAAAAACACCAAACCGUCACAUCAUCAAUAAGAAAACAGAUUUUUUUUGUGUGUGUGUGACCUUCCACAGAGGAUUAUGUGUGUGUGUGUGUGUGUGUGUGUGUGUGUGUGUGUGUGUGUGUGUGUGUAAAUGAUGAGCAAUAACAAAAAGCAUGUACGAGUUUACUGUGUGAGAAUAUAGUUCAUUUAUGGGAGCACAAAAGAAAGGGCCAAGAGUUAUUGUUGUGGUGUAUUUGUGUUUGUUUGUACACUGUUAAUUUUUAAUUAAAAAAAAAAUCUGUCAGUUGUGUAUAUAAAC